AUGGCCAUUAUCAUUUGUAAAAGGCUGUGGAAUGAUGGCGAUAUCAUAGUUGGGGGUAUUUUCCCCUUACACAGUCACUGGGAGAUCAUAGAUUUAUCUUAUUCGGUUGUGCCACCUCCAGUGAAGUGUCUGAGUCUUGAUUUUACAGCUUUACAAUCAUCACUGACCCUGAUUUUUGCAAUAGAGGAGAUCAACAACAGUUCACUGCUACUGCCAGGAGUCAGACUAGGCUACAAGGUUUAUGACACAUGUAGUUCUGCAUUAGUUGGGGUUAAAAUGGCUAUGGCACUUGUGAAUGGAUAUGAGAACAUAAUCUUGGAUGAAUCCUGUACAAAGCCAGUACAGGUGCAAGCUAUAAUAGGUGAAGCAUACUCAACUGUGACAAUGGCUAUAGCAAAGAGCAUAGGACCUUUUAGCGUUCCUUUGAUCAGUUACUUUUCAACCUGUGAGUGUCUCAGUGACAAAAGGAAAUACCCCUCCUUUCUGCGCACUAUUCCCAGUGAUUAUUUCCAGAGCAGAGCACUAGCAGAGAUGGUCAAACACUUUGGCUGGACCUGGGUUGGAGCAAUUAGAAGAGAUGAUGACUAUGGAAACAGUGGGAUGGCUGCAUUUACUGAAGUUGCAAAGAAAUUGGGCAUCUGUUUAGAAUAUUCCCUUCCAUUUUCCAAAACGUACUCACAAGAAAGAGUAUUGAGAAUUGUUGAGCAGAUCAAAAGUGCCACGUCUCGAGUGAUUGUGGGAUUUCUUGGCACUUGGGAGCUGGAGAUCUUGCUCCAUGUGUUCUUCGAGCACAACAUCACUGGAUUCCAGUGGGUAGGAACUGAGGGUUGGAUUUCUGAUUCAGAAUUGGCUGCACUAGAUAAGAACAACAUACUAAAAGGAGCCAUUGGGCUAGCCAUUCCUAAAACGAAGGUCACAGGCCUAAAAAACUUUUUUCUUGACCUAACAUCACUAAAAUCUUCAGGCAGUGGAAUAUUUAAAGAAUUCUGGGAAACACUCUUUAAGUGUAAAUAUACAGUACAGAAUAAUUCAGAGAACAUUUCAGUGUGCACAGGAGAAGAAAAUUUGUCUGAGGUGGAAAACAUCUUCAGUGACAUCUCCUUGAUGCCAAUUUUCAGUAAUGUUUAUAAAGGAGUAUAUGCUAUUGCCCAUACCCUCCACAAGUUUCUUGGGUGUAAGAAAACCUGUCCUACAAAAAAUCAGCCUGAUCCUUUCACGUUUUUACAGCACCUUAAAAAUGUGCAUUUCAAAAGCAAAGAAGGUGAAGAAGUAUAUUUCGAUGAAAAUGGUGACCCUCCUGCAAAAUAUGAAAUAAUAAACUGGCAAGUACCAAAAUCUGUAUGCAGUGAGAGCUGUUCUCCUGGCACAAGGAAAGCUGUACAAAAAGGAAAGCCUAUCUGCUGUUUUGACUGCAUACCAUGUGCUGAAGGAGAGAUCAGUAACAUGACAGAUUCUAUUACAUGUGAACAAUGCCAGCAAGAUUACUGGUCAAAUCCUAAGAGAAAUGAAUGUGUAAAGAAAGAAAUUGAAUAUCUUUCUUAUGAGGAAACUAUGGGAAUUAUCCUGACAGCUGCUUCUCUUAUUGGUGCAUUGAUAACAGUGAUAAUGACCAUAAUAUUAUAUAAAUAUAGAAAUACUCCAAUAGUCAAAGCCAACAACUCUGAGCUGAGCUUUCUGCUGCUUUUUUCAUUGGUUCUGUGUUUCCUCUGUUCACUUACAUUCAUUGGUCAGCCCUCUGAAUUGUCCUGUAUGCUACGUCACACAGUCUUUGGGAUCACCUUUGUCCUUUGUGUCUCUUGUGUCCUGGGGAAAACAGUAGUGGUGUUAAUGGCCUUCAAAGCUACACUUCCAGGGAGCAAUGUCAUGAAAUGGUUUGGCCCUCCACAACAGAGACUCAGUGUACUUGCAUUCACUCUUAUGCAAGUCCUUAUUUGUAUUCUUUGGUUGACAAUAUCCCCUCCUUUCCCCUUAAAAAAUUUUAAGCGCUCCAAGGAAAAGAUUAUUCUAGAAUGUCACUUGGGAUCAGCUAUAGGGUUCUGGGCUGUGCUUGGUUAUAUAGGAUUUUUAGCAUUACUAUGUUUUAUUUUGGCUUUUUUGGCCCGGAAGUUGCCUGACAACUUUAAUGAAGCCAAGUUCAUUACAUUCAGUAUGCUUAUAUUCUGUGCAGUUUGGCUCACUUUUAUUCCAGCUUAUAUCAGCUCUCCUGGAAAAUUUACGGUAGCUGUAGAGAUAUUUGCCAUUUUAGCAUCAAGCUUUGGCUUGCUAUUUUGCAUCUUUUUCCCAAAGUGUUACAUUAUAAUUUUAAAACCAGAAAAAAAUAAUAAGAAGCAACUUAUGGGUAAAAUAUCAGAGAGCUAA